CCGUUCCGGUAACGUGGUGUCACAUGUUUUUCCGGGUUGAACUGACAGGAGCGAGGUGGAAACAACAUCAAUGCCAAAUACUAUACUUGCGUUAUUUAUUCAGCACUGAAGUUACUCAGCACACUAAUCAUGAUUCCGCUCAAUCUUGUUGUCGUCGGACUGAUGGCUUUUUGGUUGGAAUCGGGCACAGCGGCGGAGUGCACUUUGAUUCACAAGCAGUCGAAGGAAACCGCUGCUUACCUAAAACUGAAACCUCUUUUUGGUAGAAGGUAUAGUGUGAAAGAUGAUGAGUACUUGUACAGCGUGGGCAUUUGUACUAGUGGAAUGGAAAAUCCACCUGAUGCUGGCAGUACUGUAGCUGUGUGGCAGCAGAAGUUAGAUGAACACCGCAAUCCUUUAUCAGAUUCUAAGCCAGUGAAAAUCGGGCAAUACAACCAAACUGACAUCAAAGCAGGAAAAAACUGGGUCUACCUUGAAUACCUGGAAGGAGAAAAAUAUAACAGCCACUGUAAUAACGAAAAGCGGAAAGCUGUUAUUUUAAUCACCUGUGACCCAGAGGCAACAGAUAAUGCAAAUCCAUUGGAAAUAAUAGAAGAAAGCAAGAAUCGGACUGAAGGAUGCUACUAUUUAUUUGAACUAGCCCAUCCAGAAGUUUGUGAAGUUGAAACACAGAACAAAUCACUCAGCGUUGGAUCUAUUGUACUUAUUGUGUUUUCCUGUGUGGCAGCUGUGUAUCUUAUAGCUGGAGCACUUUACCAACGUUUUGUUCUUGGAGCAAAAGGCAUAGAGCAGAUUCCAAACUAUGAAUUCUGGAAAGAUUUUGGCAAUUUGCAAGCAGAUGGCUGUGAUUUUAUCUGUCGCUCGCAAAAUGGACGAAAGUCAACCCCUUACAAAGGUGUAGGAGAUGACCAGUUGGACGAUCCUGAUGAUCGAGAUGACAAUCUGUUGCCAAUGUAGACCAUACAUUUGCAUUUACAUUUGCAGUUGGUCUCACUUGUGAGCAUUCCAUGUGGAUUCAUUAUAUGUUUUCAUGUUGUAAUAUGAUUGAUCGCAAUCACCAUUUGAUCAUAUACCACCAUGACUACUAGUAUUUCAUAACAGCUAAAAUAAAGAUCUUUGAAACUUUCAUCCUGUGAAAGUAUAAAGAAAGGAAAGCUCCAUGCAACCUUCCCUUACUUGAGAGAGAUAAAUCAUUCUUUCCUCAUUAACAUGCACUAAGUGCCCUUUUAUUUCCUGUGCAUCUUGGCUUAAUCAUUGGUACUCUUCUGAGUAGAAAAUGCAAAUAGGGUUUCUUUUUCUUUGAGAUUUAAAAAGAAAACUGGAUCCACCUCCAGACCUUGAAGUAUCUUUAUCAAAAUAUAAAACAUUUUCUUAAUUGUAUGUUUUCAGAGAUAAAAUCUGUCAUCAAGAUUAUAAAUUAUCGUUAGUUCAAUGUUAUUUAAGCAAAGCUCAGUCACAGGCCUUGUGUGCAUUCCCUACUGUGACUUAAACAUAUUCUACAUACAUCAAAAAACAAACAGUAAAUAGCAAAGUCAUGACAUUAUUAUAUACAAAUUGAAGCAUUCACAUUAUUUUCUAUAGUAUUUUUCAUUUAUCUGCUUGCAGAUUAUAUAAAAUGAAAAAUAUUUAUAGAGAAAACAUAAAUGUGAUUUUUUAAAUUUGCAAUAAAAAUAAUAUAAAUAAAUAAUAGCAAAAGCCUGGUUUUAAAAUUAAAAGGUUCUUCAUAUCUUCAGUUGCUUUUAUCAAGUUUCCAUAAAAAAAAUAAUAAUACUAGGUACUUGUAAUGUGCAGCACCAGGACCAAGACAGAUCACACUCUCUGCGCAGACCAGUAAUAAUAAAUGAUGUAUGUCAGUUACCAAACAAACUUAAAAUUUCUGGUCUACAUGAUCUUGGUGUAAGAUGUUCAGUCCUCAGUAAAGCAAACCUGUGAUCACCUUAUCUGUGCAAUCAUUUAUUUUUCAGGAAGAAAACCAAGUAAAAAGAUUUUAAUUGCAUUUAAUAUUUUGGGUGCCUGAUAAUAGGAUGUUAUUACACCAUCCAAAGCAUUAAAAUUACUUUUCAGCAACAGUGAAAGAUUCGUAAAUAGGAAACAUGCUAAAACAACAAAUGCAUCUAAAGUUAAUUACAAAACUUGUAUAUAUAUAUAUAAUGGCAUACAGUGUAGGGCCAUUGAGCCACGGUCCAGUAAUCCAUGAAUUCGCGCCGCGCAAAAUGCUUGGAUUCCAAUUUUUUUACACUAUGGAUCAUACAGACCUGGACAUGGCCUCUCAAAUGCAGGAGACAGCUGUCAUUUUAGCAUUUCGAAUGUCCGUGAUUGACAUGCUAAUCACUGUUGCGGAUUAAAUAUUUAAAUGCUGGCUUAUAAUUGCAAAGAGGUAUUUAUAGAAGAUUAGUUUUUUAUUUAUCAACAAACAAUAAAAUAACUGACAAUGAAAUUCAAAUAUUAAUCUGUUUUAUCCAUGCUGAGUGUCAGCAUUGUGGAGGCUGCCAUUAUAACCGAUUCACACCUUACAAUACUACAAAGUUAAGAGAAAGGAUUGUGAUCAAUAUUUUUUCAUUAUUUAUUGUAUGUAUUAUAAAAAAUAUUUGAGCUGUGAUUAAGCAGUUUGGACUCCAAUCACCGCAGCUUAAUGGCCUUACACUGUAUAUUCAUUCAAGUGCUAGGUAAGCUGUAGCAGGAAUAAUCCUGGUUUUAUCAUUUUGUCUGAAUAUAGUAAUGUGUCAUAAUUUUGCGCAUUUACUUUUGCCACUCUGUACUCAAUUAUAGAAUGCAGACAGAAAUAGCUAAAAUAGGUUGUGUGGUUUUUUUUUUUGCAUAUUCUGAAAAUCAAUUUGGAAAAAAUAUGCAUUUGUCAUAUUUUUAAUGCUGGCAGUGUUGACUAGGUUAACAAUUUUUGAUUUUCAUGUCUAGUUUUUCUCUGUUCAUUUGUUAUUGCUUUUUUAUACUUAUAGUGCACACAGUUGAACAGUGUUUUUUGGUAAUAAUGUCUUGAUGCUUACAGUAUACCUGAGACAUUCCAGUUUACUCAGUUGCUAUAAUCUGCAUUAAACAUUUUUCCUUCCAGCCAAAUUAUUUAGGAGAAAAAUAUGGCUGCAAAGUAUAAUUUAAAAUCUGUAGAACAAAAUACAAAUCCGAACUAUUUCUAGUCAUAGAUUUAAGAUGACAAAGUUUCAGUUUUUGUAAAUAUCUGUGACAAUAUCAGUUGUCAAAGCAAUUUUAUAACCAUGGUAAACAUGUCGGAUAACUUCUUAUCUCUAAAUACUCUCCAGUUGUAUGCAAGCACAACAGUUAGCACCUGUCACCGAUACAGUGAGAAUUGGCGUCUUGGGCACGCAGUUCUUUCUCUGCUUGUUGUGGCAUCUGUUUACAGGGUUGGCUGCUUUGCCACAUACAUUAGUUGCUGGCUUGGUGUAAAAUGCCCUUUCCCAACCCAGUUUCAUGCCAACUAUUUACAAGUACUCAUUUAUGUGAAUCCCUUUUGACUGCUGCACAUCUGAUUUGCCUGGUGUGAGGAUGCCUCAAAUUGCACAUUAUACAAAUUUGUAUCAACUAAAUGACAAUUCAAUCAUAUUUUUCUCACAUUGGAAUGUAGUACUACUCAAUUUUUUCUUAUUCAUUUGUGUAAUUACAAUUAGAGUAUAUUACCAUUACAAUAUAUUUAGCCGUUUCAUAAGGAAUCUCUAGCUGAUAGCUAAUGGUAUACUUUACCAACGAUGAAGACCUCUCAGUGGAAACCAACAAAGUUGAGUGAAUUUUUUAGUACUUCUUAGCAAUCUUAUUUUCUGCUAUAGCAUCUCACGAUUUGUGCAGAACAGGUUUGUCUAGAAGGGUCAAUUCACCCCUUCCUCCCAGAAAAAGGUAAAGGAUCAUUUUUUCUGGUUGCAUUGGUUGUGGUAUUGGGUUUGUUGAAUGAUUAUUUUGCUGGACAUUUUACCUACUUUGCUCAAUCAACAGUUAACAAAAUGGAUGUUUUCACAUAGUUUGCUAAAUGGACUAUUGGCCUGUGGAAUAUUAACAAAAUGGAAGUUUUCCUACUUGCUGACUAGGCAUUUGUGUGUUCAUACACUUGUUGUAAUAUAGUCAUUUGUAUAAAGCAUCCAGCGAACUACAAAAUUUACUCAUGUUACAGAGACUUUGAUAAAGUUACCAGUUAUGUACAAAUUUGGUUGACCUCUGGCUCAUAUCACCAGUCUUGGAUAUUUGGGCUUUUUAACUCAUAGUUUAUGGUUACAGACAUUUGUUGCUGUCCUUUUUUAUUUGUCUUUGUGUCAGAGUUAUAACAGGCAAACAGACAAAAAACAAUGGAAGGGUAAGAGUAAUGACCAAUGGAUAAAGAAAAGUGGGAAGCAAUUAACUGCCUUUAAUCAGGUUUAGAGAUCAUUGAACAAAAUAACAUCAGUAGAUUUAUAAGGGUUUUGGCCACCUUCUCAUCACAUUGUAACAUUUUUAUGGUGAAGAAGAAUAUACAAGACAAAAUUUAGGCAGUUUUCAAGAGAAUUUAUGCUUGGCAAACAUUUCACAAAGUUUUACAUAUAUAUAUAUACACUGUCCUAACUAGUUAAUCUCACCACCAUCUGUCAAUGCAAAAGGCAAUGGUGGCAACAUAGAGGGUGUAUUAUCCAUAAGAGUAUGGAAAUUCUGAAAAAGAACCAUAGUAAAUUUUGAACUUGUGUCAGCAGGAAUGUAAGAACUUAAAUGAACCCUUUUUUUUUCAUUUUGUAAAUUGUAGCACCAGUCAAAAUGAUAGCAUAAAUGUAGGGUAGACUUCUGCAUGGGUUUGCUUUCCUUGCAAAGGUUUGAGAUGUUGGUAAGACCACAUUUACUAGAAUACUUGUGCUUGUUUGGACUCAUGCAAUAUUACAACACAGUUGCCCCUGUACAUAUUUUUGUGGAAUAAUUAUAGGGACCUUUAAAGGGAAGGCAUGUUCUGAUUCGUUUUUGAGGUUGGUCUCGUGUCUAACCUGCAGUGGUUCAUGUUCUGCUUUGAAGAGUUUAGCGUACAACACUUAUCCUGUAUGUUUUUUACAGAAAAAAAUUGCUGUUUUGAAUGCAGUUUUCAUAUUUCAGAGUAAACUAAUCCACAGCA